UCCUAUCAGCUAACUUUAUGAUUUAUGAGCCUCUUCCAACAAACUUCAUCACAUAAUUGAACAAUAAAAACUGUAUUAAUUAUGUUUUGUUUAUUUUAUUUAUGUUUAUGCUUUAUGUCACAUUGAUUAUUUCAAGAUAAAUUAAUUUCGAUAAAAAGUUUUAUCUGUUGAAAAAAAUUCAUCAUUACCGUAAGUAUGACACGUAGAUCUAAUUAACAGAAUACCGUAUUUAUCUAAUAAUUUUCUAUUUUAUGGGAUAGCAAAGAAAUAUUUAAUUUGACAGUAUCGACGCUAAAGUCCAAAAAUCUGGAGAAAGUCAAGUUUGAGAACCCUUUGCGAUACCACCCACUACAAAAGUUUCUCGAACAGCUAGAAAACAGAUGAAAUGAGCUCCAGAAACUUUUUCCCGCUUCUAGUGAGGAGAGCAACAAGACAGAGGAGAGUCCUUUAUUGUCAGAGGCCGACUAGAGGAGAGGAGUUUCUUGGACACUCUCUCUAUUUCCCUCUCCUCACCAGCAACUGUCGUUAUCUGUCGAAUGGAAAUGACUGGUACCCUGGGGGUAGUAGGAAUGGGCGUGGACAAAAUGGAAAGGGAAAUGGGGACUUUGUCUGCCCAAAGUGUGGCUCGACAUUCCGUAGACCUCCGGCAGUGCUAUCUCAGACAAAAUUCAUUCAGUGUGACAGCUGCAAUUAUCUCUUCCUAGUCGGGCGUGGACGAGAAAAGAAAGAGAGUCGGAAGACGGAAGUUCAAAAUGUCCCUUCACCUAAGAAAAUUUACGACUAUUUGAACAAGCAUGUGAUUGGCCAGGAGCACGCCAAGAAAGUCUUUUCUGUCUCUGUGUACAACCACUACAAGAGGCUGAGCAAUAACAUGGCGUCUGGUUCGGCGAGAUCAUUCUCUUUUCAAGAUAAAGAGACUGAUGAAGAAGAUCAAGUCACACAAGCUUAUGGGCAGAACAUUUCAUCAGUAGUUGAAUUGGACUACGAGGACUCGGAAGAAAGCUACUCUUCUCCUCCUCCUCCCUCCUCCUCCUCCUCCUCCUCUAUCUCCGAUGUGAAACUAGACAAAAGUAAUAUUCUUUUACUAGGGCCAACUGGAUGUGGUAAAACACUGCUUGCACGUACCUUGGCAAAUUUUCUUGACGUUCCCUUUACCAUAUGUGACUGUACCUCAUUAACUCAAGCUGGAUAUGUUGGAGAUGAUAUUGAGAGUGUCAUUGCCAAAUUGUUUUAUGAGUCUGGUUUUAAUAUAGACAAAACACAGAGAGGUAUUGUAUUCCUUGAUGAAGUGGACAAGAUUGCUUGCAUGAGAUCCUUUCAUCAAGUAAGGGACGUUGGAGGAGAAGGCGUCCAGCAAGGACUUCUCAAGAUACUGGAGGGCACUACAGUCAUGGUCCCAGAGAGAAGCUCAAAGAAGAUGAGAGGAGACACUGUUCCCGUCGAUACAACAAAUAUACUGUUUGUUGGAUCUGGGGCUUUCACCGGAUUGGAUAAGAUAGUUGGAACUAGACUGAAUGAGAAGGCUAUUGGAUUCGAUCUUACUUCCUCUCCAAGUCUCACUCCUUCCUCAUCGCCAGCAGAGGAACAACGUGAAGACGAAGAGAAAAGGGACUUUUACCUCCGCCAGGUCCAAUCAAACGACCUCAUGGCCUAUGGAAUGAUACCAGAGUUCAUUGGACGACUGCCAGUGGUGGUUAGCCUGAGUUCACUCAACGAGAGCAUGCUAGUGGAUAUAUUGACUAAACCCCAAAACUCAUUAGUGUCUCAAUACAAUGUUCUGUUCAACAUGGACGGGGUUAAGCUCACAUUCUGUGAUGAAGCGCUUCAGUCAAUAGCUAAACAAGCACUGGCUAGAGGGACUGGAGCAAGAGGACUGAGAUCAAUAAUGGAGCAACUGUUGCUGGAUAUAAUGUUUGAGAUUCCUGAUUCUACGAUAUCUGCUGUUCACAUCACUCGCUCGUCAGUGGAAGAUGGGACUCCACCCAUUUAUAAAUACAGAACUGAUGAACAGCAAUCAUCAAUAGCAUUACCUUCAAAUGGGCAGUAUCAGGUUGGAUCAGCUAAUUAAUAAAUAGCAAUUUAAAAAUUAUUAUUAUUAUUAUUAUUGAUAUUAAUAUUAUUAUCGGCAUAAUCUCUAUCUUUAAAGUUCAUCUUAUAAAAUAUUUUUUCAACUUCA